AUGGUACACAGAAGCGUACUAUCGAAGUGGCGGCUAAAGAGUGAAACUCCUGGUGAAACACCUGCGAAACCCUGGAGGAACUCUGGCGAAACUCCAGGUGAAACACCUGGUGAAACACCUGGUGAAACUCCAGGUCAAACUCCUGGUGAAACACCUGGUCAAACUCCUGGUGAAACUCCAGGUGAAACUCCAGGUCAAACUCCUGGUGAAACACCUGGUGAAACACCUGGUGAAACUCCAGGUCAAACUCCAGGUCAAACUCCUGGUGAAACUCCAGGUGAAACACCAGGUGAAACUCCAGGAGAAACACCAGGUGAAACUCCAGGAGAAACUCCAGGUGAGACCCCGGAGAAACUCCAGGUGAAACCCCCGGAGAAACUCCAGGUGAAACACCCGGUGAAACUCCGGGUGAAACUCCAGGAGAAACUCCAGGUGAAACUCCAGGAGAAACUCCAGGUGAAACCCCCGGAGAAACUCCCGGCGAAACUCCAGGUGAAACUCCUGGAGACGGAACUCCCGGAGGACCUGAUGAUCCUGGCGCAGGUGAGUAGUGAAUGCCGCAGAUGUGCCAGAGAAUAUAUCAGUGCUUAUCGUUUGAUGCUUAAAGCUGGCGACCAGCUUGCCAAUGCCAUCCAGCUAUGCCUUUUGCUCAGCAGAGAAGCUCACAUAGAGCACAGCCAAAAACUAAAAGGAACGGGCCCUGGAUUGGAGAAAAUGCUCCAGAACCUGGAAACCCUCCACAACAGGCUUGGACCUGGUGAAACCCCUCCAGAAGGACCUGGGAAAUCCUCCAGAAGGGACCUGGUAAAAUCUCCAAAAGGGCCCUGGGGGACCUUGAAACCCCCCAAAGGACCUGAGAAACUCCUCCAAAGGGGACUGGUAAAACCCUCCAAAGGAGUGGUGAAGCUCCCCCAAAAGACCGGGAAAACCGGAGAAACUGCCCAAAAGGACCUGGACCGGGAGAAAACCCCCCCCAAAAGGGACGGAGAAACUCCCCAGAGGACCUGGGGGAAACCCCCCCAGAAGGACCUGGAGAAAUUCCCCAGAAGGACCUGGGAAAAACCCCCCAGAAGGCCCUGGAAAAACUCCCCCGAAGGCCGGAAAAACCCUCCGAAGGCCCUGGAGAAACCCCUCCAAAAGGCCCUGAUGAAACCCCCCCAGAAGGACCUGGAGAAACCCCACCAAAGACCUGGAGAAACCCCCCAGAAGGACCUGGAGAAACCCUCCAAAAGGGGACCUGGAGAAACCCCCCAGAAGGGCCCUGGAAAAACCCCUCCAAAGGCCCUGGAGAAACCCCCGAAGGACCUGGAGAACUCCACCAGAAGGCCUGGAGAAACUCCUCCAAAGGACCUGGAGAAACCCGGGGGACCUGUAGAAACCUUCCCUAAAGGGGGCCAGAGCCGGAUAGCGUAUUUAUUUUGUUUGACCGCAGAAAUUGUAGUGCAGAAUCAGAUUAACAGCCGUUGGUUCCUAGUUUAG